AUGACUACCCAAAACAACAACCAACAAUCUAUUCAAUCUACUAUUCUCUUGGCAACUGAAGGAUCUGCUUGGCUGAACUCCAAAAUUGAUAAUCAAAUUAAGGAAUUCAGGCAAUUCCUUCUCUACCAUAAAUACAAAGGAACUAUCAUCUUUGAACCUAAAAACACUAUUAUCAUAGAAAGUAUGGAAAAAUCUGUCAACUUUUUCCAACUCCCUAAAAACAAGCUGGAUAGGAUUAAAGAGGAUUUGGUCUACACAACUCCUGCCCAAAUUAAUCCUAUAACUAUCUCUUACACCAGCCGUAUUCAUGCCUUAGCCUAUGCCUACCACCUAGGAGAGCUGUUGAUGAAAAAGCCUAAAGGGAAUCUU